AUGUUCCGCGCUCGGCCAAAUCUCGUCCGUCCGUCUGAAGUCUCGGCCAAAGUCCAAAACCGUUCGGCCGCGCGCAAUCACGACCCGGGAAACUAUUGCCCGCGGUCGGCCACGCCACGCCACGACCGCGCACGACCAAACGCGCGAGCCGGGAGUAACGCCUCGCGGCCGCGCAACUCAUCCGCGUACCACGCCGAUGCGCCGUCCGACCCGGGAAACUACGUCCCGCGUCCGGCCGAGAUUUCAUCGGCCAAUUUCACCCGUCCGACCACAGCGGCCGACCACGCGUCCGUCCGACCCCGACCGUUCCGACUCGGCCACAUACCCGAUUGUCCGGCCGAUCGUCCCGCACGACCGUCCCAACGCCGCGGUCGACCCGAAGCCCUUUUUGAAGCCCAAACUUAUGUUUUCAAGCCCGGCUUAACCCUAGCCGCCUCUAGAAAGACCUAG